GGGACAACCUACCUGAGAGUCCCUGGGGCCUGCUAACUGCUGCUGGGCCCAGCAAGGUCCAAACCCAGGUCACUCUGUCCCUACCCCCACGCCGGACCCAGCAUCAUUGUGGGCAAACAAUUAUCUGGAUCAUCUUUAUGGGGCUUAAGCUUGGGUGGGAGCAGAUGGGGCAUGAGCUGGGGAUUUGAGGCUGGGGGGGUAGAUCCACACCCCCACAUCCUGGUCAUUUAAAAGCCCCUCUCUGGCACAGGGCCGGGGCAGAGGCCACAGGAAAGUGGACAGAGCCCAAGGGCAAUGACAGACCAAGAAGAGAAGGCAGAGGAGGGGGGCUCAGCCCCCUUUGCCAAGGAGGGCUCCCCGGACCAGGAGGGUUUCUUCAACCUGCUGAGCCACGUUCAGGGUGACCGGAUCGAGGCGCAGCGCUGUUCACUGCAGGCGGGGCCAGGCCAGACCACCGGGAGCCAGGGUGGCCCCACACCAGAGAUGGACAGCCUCAUGGACAUGGUGGCCAGUACCCAGGGUCGCCGCAUGGAUGACCAGCGUGUGACAGUCAGCAGCCUGCCUGGCUUCCAGCCCGUGGGCCCCAAGGACGGAGUGCAGAAACGAGCUGGGACCCUCAGCCCCCAACCCCUGCUCACUCCUCAAGACCCGACCGCUCUCAGCUUCCGUCGGAACAGCAGCCCCCAGCCCCAGACACAAGCCCCCUGAGGGCCUGAGCCAUCCUGGGUCCCACUCGGCCCCCGAAAGCAGACAAUAAAACACUUCCAUGAGUAA